AUGAGUCUACUACGACUUACUGCUGAAGAUACCUGGUUGCUUCGAUUAUUUGCCAAUCAUAUUGGUUACUUCUCAUUUGCUGUUCCAGUUGUUGGUCUUUUUAUUAUUUCAAAAAAAUUGGCUUAUAAAAGAUGGCCAAAACCAUUUCACGAAUUUACACGGUUACUCAUUCGUCUUUUCAUAUCGGAUACAUUUACUCCAUCAUUAUCAGAUAAUACUAAUAAAGAUACAAUAUCUUCAUCAGUCGAAUCACAUUCAACAACAUCAAAUUUUACUCGUUAUCACUUUUUUAAAUUAAUUUUUUCAUUUUUUGGUCUUCAAAUUUCUUAUCUAUUAUGGGGUUUAUUACAAGAACGUAUUAUGACUCGUACAUAUGAUAAUGAAAAAUUUACAAAUUCUCAAUUUCUUGUUCUGGCUAAUCGAUUUUUAGCUAUGAUAGUUGCUUAUAUAUCAUUAAAAAUAUUUUAUCCAACGAAAAAAGUUGUAUCAAUAGGGCCACCAUUAUAUCAAUAUGGUAUUAUAUCCUAUGCUAAUUGUAUGUCAACAUGGUUUCAAUAUGAAAGUCUUUUAUAUAUUAGUUUUCCUGUUCAAGUUAUUGCUAAAAGUAUUAAAACAAUACCAGUUAUGAUUGUUGGAAAAUUUGUUUCAGGUAAAACAUAUCCAUUAAGACAAUAUUUAUUGAUGUUACUAAUGGCUGUUGGUAUUGCACUUUUUUUAUCUGGUUAUCAUGUAAAUGAUACAAUUAAAUUACCAUUGAAGAAAGCUACACAAAAUACAACAACAAUAAAUGGAUUGAUCUUACUUAUAUGUUAUUUAUUUUUUGAUGCUUUUACAUCAAACUAUCAAAAAAAAGUAUUUGAUCAUUAUUCAAUAUCGUUUCUUAAUAUGAUGCUUUCUGUUAAUUGUAUCUCAACAGUUCUAACUUGUACAUCUCUUAUUUUCAAUGGCACUCUACUUGAAUGUAUAUUAUUUAUGCAACGACAUCAAUCAUUUCUUAUACAUGCAUUUGCAACAUCAAUAUGUUCAUCAAUUGGACAAUUAUUUAUAUUUUCAACAAUAGAAGAAUUUGGUCCAGUCGUAUUUACAAUUAUAAUGACUAUACGACAAGCAUUUAGUAUUCUUCUAUCAUGUAUAUUUUAUGGUCAUCAUUUAAGUUGGUAUUCAAUUCUUGGGCCACAACCGUUUCGCGGAUUUAUUCGGUUACUCAUUCGUCUUUGCAUAUCGGAUACAUUUACUUCAUCAUUAUCAGAUAAUACUAAUAAAGAUACAAUAUCUUCAUCAGUUGAAUCACAUUCAACAACAUCAAAUUUUACUCGUUAUCACUUUUUUAAAUUAAUUUUUUCAUUUUUUGGUCUUCAAAUUUCUUAUCUAUUAUGGGGUUUAUUACAAGAACGUAUUAUGACUCGUACAUAUGAUAAUGAAAAAUUUACAAAUUCUCAAUUUCUUGUUCUGGCUAAUCGAUUUUUAGCUAUGAUAGUUGCUUAUAUAUCAUUAAAAAUAUUUUAUCCAACGAAAAAAGUUGUAUCAAUAGGGCCACCAUUAUAUCAAUAUGGUAUUAUAUCCUAUGCUAAUUGUAUGUCAACAUGGUUUCAAUAUGAAAGUCUUUUAUAUAUUAGUUUUCCUGUUCAAGUUAUUGCUAAAAGUAUUAAAACAAUACCAGUUAUGAUUGUUGGAAAAUUUGUUUCAGGUAAAACAUAUCCAUUAAGACAAUAUUUAUUGAUGUUACUAAUGGCUGUUGGUAUUGCACUUUUUUUAUCUGGUUAUCAUGUAAAUAAUACAAUUAAAUUACCAUUGAAGAAAGCUACACAAAAUAUAACAACAAUAAAUGGAUUAAUCUUACUUAUAUGUUAUUUAUUUUUUGAUGCUUUUACAUCAAACUAUCAAAAAAAAGUAUUUGAUCAUUAUUCAAUAUCGUUUCUUAAUAUGAUGCUUUCUGUUAAUUGUAUCUCAACAGUUCUAACUUGUACAUCUCUUAUUUUCAAUGGCACUCUACUUGAAUGUAUAUUAUUUAUGCAACGACAUCAAUCAUUUCUUAUACAUGCAUUUGCAACAUCAAUAUGUUCAUCAAUUGGACAAUUAUUUAUAUUUUCAACAAUAGAAGAAUUUGGUCCAGUUGUAUUUACAAUUAUAAUGACUAUACGACAAGCAUUUAGUAUUCUUCUAUCAUGUAUAUUUUAUGGUCAUUAUUUAAGUUGGUAUUCAAUUGUCGGCAUAAAUAUAGUAUUUUUAGCUAUUUUUAUUCAUGCUUUUUAUCAAUUUAAAAGAAGCAAACAAUCAAAUAGUAGCAUCGUUUAG